GUGAAAAUACGAGGCGGCGAUUCGUGCCAAAGGUCAUGCGUCGGACUUUCGAGGUUUUAGUCAUUAUUGUCGUGAAUUUAGUACAAUUCUAUUCCAUUUUCGACAUAUAUUAUACAUCUCCACUUACAAACGGUAUGAAUAUCAUCCCGUUGAAUAUUAGUGCUCCAACGACUCACGUCAUUUUUAUGGUUUCUGAUGGGCUUCGAGCAGACAAAAUAUUCAGUCGGGAUAUGGAAUACACUCCUUUUUUAAAAGAUGUCCUCCUACACCGUGGUUUGUGGGGUGUUUCGCAUACAAGAGUCCCAACUGAGUCGAGACCUGCACAUGUGGCUAUGUUGGGAGGAUUCAACGAAGAUGUGGCUUCUAUAACUAAAGGAUGGAAAACGAAUCCUGUGGAAUUCGAUUCUGUACUAAAUCGUUCUUUCCUAGCCUGGAUAUGGGGUUACAAAGAAGUUGUCAUGUCAUUUGUUCCUCCUUCUACAAAUCAUGUUAAAGCCACUCCUUGUCCUGAUGAAUUAAGUGACCUGGCUAAAACAAAUCCGACUGAAAUCGAUCGAUGGGUUGUCAAUCAGUUUCUGGAUUUCGUUGAUUAUUCGGGUGACUUUUUUGAUAACCGUAAUGCAACAUCUAGCGACUACCGUCGAGGUCGAAUGAUAUUCCUACACUUGGAUGCAGCUGAUAUGGUUGGUCAUUCUUUUAAACCUGAUUCACAUGAAUACACUGAAGUUCUUCGUAAUUUGGACAAUGUAGUCUUUCGAGUUUAUCACAAGUUAACUGAAAAGUCUCGUGGAACAGAUUCACGUAUUGCUUAUAUCUUAACUUCUGAUCAUGGAAUGACUGAAUGGGGAAGUCAUGGGUCCGGUUCAUUUCAUGAAACAGUAACACCCUUGUUAAUCUGGGGUUCUGGUAUUGUUGGUCCAGUGGAAAUAGAGACCAAUGUGAAUAAUUCAUCGGAGGGUAAAAUAGACAUGUAUGGUUUACCACUUCAUAACUAUGGACGUCUUCGACGUGAAAUUCAACAGGCUGAUUUAUGCCCAUUAAUGGCUAGUCUUUUGGGUGUCCCAAUCCCAGUCAAUUCUAUAGGUCAAGUUCCUGUUGAAUUUUUGAAGAUUCCUGAAUAUGAUAAAGUGAAGUUAACAAGAGCGAACUGGCUUCAAAUAUAUGGGCAACUUAAGAUUAAGUACGCUGAAAAAAAGAAAUCUCACUUCAGUAUUUUGUUCCGAGAAUUCCCAUCUUUAAAAAUGUCAGAUAUUAAUAGCAUGGAAAAUGUUUGUGAAUCUCUCAUUUCUUCCGGAAAAUAUCAUGAAGCAAUUCAAGAGUACAAACACUUAACCAGUUUGGCUUUAAAAGGACUGAACUACUAUCAUAAAUAUGAUAGAUUGUACUUAGGAUUUUGUGUGUCAUCAACAUUCUGCUUAUGGAGUCUAGUGAUACUUUGUCGUUUAUUUAAUCGAAGUGAUAAUAUAGAGUGUAGAAACUAUCAACGUUAUUUAAAUAGUUUCUGUUGGACGUUGAUUAAUUGUGUUGUGAUUGGAUUCGGUCUAUUAGUUUUGACUUUUGCUAAUUCUUGGUCAUUGGGACCUACUGUAUAUCAACUGGUUCCACUUAUUCUAGUAUUAUCAUUAAACUAUUCAAGAACUCGACGAAAACAACUAUUAACCUUGAUUAAUUAUAUAUGGAAUGAAUUGUUCGCGACAGACUAUGGAGUUUCAUCUCUUUAUACUGUUUGUUCAAUUACAUUAGCUUCUAUUUGUUUACUUGAACUGCUUAUCUGGGGAUUUUUUCAACGUUAUCUACUAUCUUUGGCAUGCUUAUUGUUUGCUUUAUGGCCUUACAUAGAUGAGUCGUUCAGACCACAUGAAAAGCUUAUUCUUUCUUUGUGGCACAUUUCGUGUUGUGGUUUGGCUAUAUUUCCUCUAUUACCUGCCAUUGGAUCAAAUAUGUGUCCAACAAUUGUAUUUAUAACCGGUCUUAUUCUUACACCAAUAUCAAUUAUAUCCUUUCGGUUUGUAUCAGGUUCGCAAAAUCAUCUUUUUGUAUGGCUUGGUUAUCUGUUCGGUUUUGUAAUUUGUCUUUCAAGUUUUGCUGUUUAUGCAAUUAGUUUCUCAGUGAUACGUACUGGGAUAUUGAAGAUUAUUAUUCAUAUAUUUAGUUGGGCUGUGAUUAUACUUCUACCUCUGUCAGUUGUCCUUCUUGUUCCAACACGUCUUGGACCUCGAAUGAUUGGAUGGACAAUCGUUUAUCUUGUCCCACUUUUACUAAUGAGCACUUAUUAUGAAGUUUCAUUCUUUGCUGUAUUCGCUGUGGUCACCUAUCUAUGGUUUUAUAUAGAAACGAAAACACUGAAAUUAAUUUUAAAGGAUAAUAUCAGGGUGAGUUUGGUCCAUCUUAUCAAAUUUCGUUCAGCAUUGUCUAUGUUAAUCUUCUGUUAGUAAGUUUUCUUAAAAACUGGAUGGAUGUAAGUACACUGAUUAGCUCUCCUCUUUUUGGAGUCUAUCUCAUACUUCAUUUUAUACAAAUUAUUUUGUGUUCUGAAUAUUCAUCUCUUACUUGGAGAUGUAGCAAUUUUUAUAUUUUUGGAUUAUUUGUUCAUAUUAGUUGUCAGAGUUGUAAUAACAGAUUCGAACUCGUUUGUGAUUGACUGAACUUUGAAUAGUUACCAAUGACAUGUUUGCCUAGUUCUUAAUGCUGAUCGAAUUCUAUCGGUCGAGUUACAAUUCCAUUAUUAAGAUAACAAGUGCUCACUAUGGGAUUCAAACUUGUGUCAUCUAACUCAAUUCCACAGACGGUUGGUAGUGACACAAAUAGGCUAAUGGUGACCUCUGUGAAGCUGGGUCACUCUGAUUCAAAUCUCUGUGGGAGUAUCAGUCCCCCCAAGUUUCCAGGUGUAUCUUGCUAACAAGUAGGACAUACUCUAAAAAUACUUCCAAAAACUCGCUUCUUUGUGAAGUAUGUACUAAUAAGGCUUAAAACUUCACUAUCAAACUGUGCAGCUCAGAGAAAAUAACACUUCUCAUACAUUAUUAACUAUGUCAUUACACUAGUUAGAUAGUGAAUUUCGAUUCAAUGUCUUGUUUUAUAUUUUUCGUGAUUAUUAGGUUUGGGAUCUUGAGACAUCAACUGACGACAGCAUUCAUUCAGUUAUUCAGAAUCAGUAUCCGUACAGUGAAAAUCCGUUAAACCUGAAGAGAUUUCGUCAAUCACUUUUCUUUGUAUCCUUUUUCUACAGGAAAAAAAUUACUCGUUUACACUUACUCAAAUACACUUAUUAAAGAUGGUGUAAAAAAUAACCAUUUUAUGGCAUCAUUUCUGUAUAGCCUCUGCCAGGGAAGUCCUACUCACUGCCUUCACGUGGCGGGGGUGUUGUUUACGAAAAUGAGAGGACGAAAAGCGAAUGUUCGGCGCUUUAACCGGAUCCCAAACCAAUGGUGCACAUGGGCUCCAGUAUCCUGAAGGAACAAAUGGCGUAUGAACCAAUCGUUGGUCACCGGAUACCAUGGGACUGCAUCUCCUUACGAUGCUCCACUGCCUUGUGGAUCAGACGUUCAGGUUGGAGGCUCGUGGUGUGGUCCCCUAAGAAAACCACCUGCUUCGGUUUCGGCACCCGAGCAGUAUCACAGCCCUCACACAUAUCAAAUGAGAUCUGUGUGGCGCAUCUGUAUUUGGUGCCUUCUUGUACCAAUAUCUAUGUGUUAAAAUAAAAUAACUAUUCCUAUUUAGAUGUUUAUUAUUAUUUUUGUGAUGCAACUCAAUAGUCACUUAUAUACUGACUUACUCAUCGUUUGAAGAAAUCGCAACACAGUGAAUUUAAUGAAAGUUUACAAUGACAGUAAUUUAAUAAAAGUGUCCAUAAACUGGUUAUUCACUAGUCCUACUGUAGUGAAGGACAACAAGAGCGGGAACAACCGAAUGUAUUUGAACACAAAAUUACGGAAUCUAUUGGUAAAAUCUGAGAACUACACAGUAAAUAGUUCAUCUACAAAGUGUUAAUCAAUUAUCUCAGACUUGGCUUUUUUUCAUUUCCACACCAAUCACUCUCUGUUCUCGUCCUCUUCGAUCUUCUUAACCUUCUGCUCUCAGGCAUUUCAUUUUCGAUUGAUGAUACAUACUUCUUAUAUCUGUCGACAUCAGUAGUAUAUAUCACACUACAACACCGUUUCUAUUUUGACCAUUUCUCCUUUAUUCAACAAUCUGAGUUAUUUUCUUAAUAAUAUGUAAAUUAGGUAUUUCUUUUGAUAAUUGGGUUUUUUGGUACCGGGAAUAUUGCUAGUAUAAACAGGUAGGUGAAUGGAAAUAUGUAAAAAUAUUUAAGCUCAUUUUGUAUUAACUUAGUGCAUUUGUAAGGGUUCAUAAUUUUCUAAUGUUAAUGUUUAGGAUUUUCAAUGAUCAGUUUGUUCUGACGCAUGCACCUCCCCCAUUUCACAACCUAGUGACUGUCUUAACUCAAUGGAUAAGGCGUUGACGUUCGAAGUUAAAUGUAAUGCGUUUGCGAGUCCUUCCACCUGAUAAACCUCAAAUAAGGUGAAAGGCGUUCUUGGAAUUUCACUGGUAGCCCGUUUCCUAUUUUAAAUUGAUUCAUGUUGAGAGCACUUUGUAUUAUAUAUUUGGGCUCAAGACAGUUUAUCAACAACGAAGGUCAAUGACCUAAUAAUUAAAGCGGUUGGUUUUCUACUAAUAAAUUAAAAAGUCCAUUUUGCGUAAUCCGUAUGAACAAUUGUAUAAUGUCAUUAAUUCUCACAUUAAAAUUAUGAAUCAAAGUAGAGUACAUUAAUUUUUGUCUCUGUAUCUGUUUUGCAUGUAUAUAUAUGUUGCAUUAUCACACUAGAAUCAUUUUAAUUAAACUUUUUAUCAGUUCUAUUUUAUUUAUGGAUAUUUUUUUGCUAUUAUAUUAUGAUUUUCAAGAAUUUAAAUGAAACAAUGGCAGUUAUGUUAAACCGGUAAAUGCUUUUAGCAAUUUCAUUGCUAUAUAAGUCAUUUGAACUUCACUGUCUUGAGUGAUAACUUGUGUAAAAAUACAUGAUCAAUAGCCAGUGAUCUUUUCCCAAGUAGUAUCUAAGUGUCAAAUAACGAACUUUUCCAGUUUUUUUUUUCGGUAAAAUCAAUCAUGUUUUCCGAUCGUUUCAGUUUUGACCCACGUUCAACAUUUUGCUUCACGACAAUAUUAAAUCCUGCCCUAAUGGCGAUUCUUUUGCUAAUUAAGGUAGUGUGUCCUAUGCUCUUUUUGGGUGUGAUCUAUGCAGCUAUUCAGUUACAUAAUGGCAAUCCAGAAAUUUACUCGUCAUCUGUCAAAAGUCAAAAAUCGAAAAGAGGAUAUCGCUCUAUUUUAGCGCAAACUGGUGUCACUGCAGUACUAUCUAACCUAAUAGCUAUCCACUUUUUUGUUUGGUUGAGAGACGAAGGUAGUUGGUUAGAUAUAGGGACUAGUAUUAGUCACUACGUUAUUGCUAUGUCUAUAAGUCUAGCUGGAUUUAUUUUCACAUUAUUGGGAAAGGAAAUGUUAAGUUUUUCAUUAAGUUCUAAUAUACAUCAAAAGCUGUUGAAAGUAUCCAAUAAACAAGUAUAAUAACUACCUUUCUAAUUAUAUGUCGUAAUUAUUACCUCUUAAAAAGUGUUGAACUUUGGUUACAUUUUGUUUGACUUUUUACUGUACAUGGAAAACUACUUAAAUCUAAAAUAAAAUAGAUAUUAAUAGAC